AUGGCUGCCAACGGCAAUCCGAAGGCGAGGAACAGUGCCGGUGUCGCCAACGGAAGGCCCGCAUCUGCUCGGCGUGUGGUCCCUGCUAUUCCCUUGACUUACGAGCGUCGCCUAAAGGCCAAUGCUGCCGCGAAGCACGCCGCAGCCCAAGCCCAAUCCGUCCCUGUUGCGUCCCUUCCUCGGCCCGCCGCCACCACCAACGGCUCUUCCUUGAAAAUUCAGAACGAUGUCGACGCCGCGACCUUGACCCCAAAGUCCAUCGAGCCCGAAUCCAUUGCCCGCGACGAGAAGCCCGCCGCCGUCGAAGAACCCGCCGUUGUUGCCCCUGCCGAUGACUCCAACAACGAUGAUGUAAAGGAUCGCGAGGAUCUUCUUUCACAACAGUCCUCUACUACUAUCCCUGCUUCUUCCGACGCCGAACUAUCCAAGUCCACCGACAAGACCGAGCAAGACGCGCCCUCGUCUAUCAAGGAAUCCGCGCCAGGUAGGUUACCCGCUGGCCGCCACCAUAUAUACCAGGAGUUGUCGUCCUCACACUUUGCAGAGAACCGUCGUGUAACUUCUCCGCCCUCUGCUCGAGCCGCUCAAAUGGAAAACUCCCAGCUGCCCCCGACUUUCCGACCCCCUCCCGUCAUACCUCCCAGCCGAUACAACAUGCCUCCCGGCGCCCAUAAUGGCCCUCGCCCCUCGCCUGUCGUAAUCAACGGCACAUCUCACAGAGGUCCUCGAUCAGUCCACAAUGGCCCCCCUCAUAUGCAUGGCCCGCGUCCAAGCAACGGCAGUCUCGUUCAGUUUGGUGGUUUCGGGUCCAACUCGUCGUCUCCCGCCCCUCCUCAUUCUGGUGGCUUCAUGCCUCCCAACGGUGCACCUAUGCCUGACGGACGCCAAAUCUAUAACCAUGCCGCCGCUGCUACGAACGGCUACCAUCAUCAGAUGCCUUAUGGAACCGAAUUCGUUCCCGGAACUGGUGUAGAUCAGUUUGGCAGACCUAUCCCGGGCCCUGCUGGCAUGGAGCAGUACCAUCCUUAUGUCAACGGCUAUGGGCCUUCCACUCCUCACAGCUUCCAGGGAUCACACUCUUCGGCACAGGCGGAGGAUGCCGGUGCUUACAACCCAUACCCCGCGCCUGGUAUCCCUAACGGUGCGGCACAUGUCGAUGACGCCCGCUCCCACCCUCCCCCUGCUGGAGCUUUCGGUGUGCCUCCCCAGCGAAUGAUGCCUGGGCCUAUUCCGCCCCCGCACAUGAUGCACCACGGCCAUGAAGCCCAGGGAUUGGACGGUCUUGCCGCCUACCUGCGGUCACAGUUCCGCGAUACCGCGCUCGCCGACUGUACCCUCGAGCUCCGAUACCUGGACGACCGAGCCCCUCCCGUCCGCAUUCCUGGUCACCGUCUUGUGCUUGCGAGAAGCCAAGUUGUUAAGAACAUUCUUGAAACCGAGAGCUUCGAGACAAGCCCGCCGGGGACGAACCGCACCAUACUGCUCCAGUCGGAAGACAAGUACCUCCGGUCUGAUGCAUUUUGGAUGGCUGUCCAGCAUCUCUAUGCCUUCCCGCUUUUGGAGCUACCAGAACCCAGUACCAAUGGCGGCCUGACGUUGGCCGGCAGCGCUGAUGACCGCUUCGACUUUGCGUUGGGAUAUGCUGCGGCUGGCCACGCUUUGGGAUGGCACCCUAUAGUAGUUCGCGGCUUGGAGAUCGCUUCGCACUCUCUCAGUUGGGCGACCAUUGAGCGAGCCAUUGAAUUUGCCCUUGCCGACGUACCCGGCCGCGCAUCUGCUGAUCGACACACCCAGUUCGCAUACGGCGACCCUGUCCAGAUCUUGAUGAAUGGAAUUAUCAACUUCCUCGUCAACAACUUCCCACCCGACUUCACCCUUGACACAUCCGUUUCCGACCCCGAGCGCUUUGCCCGCAUUCCGUUUGUCCCCGCGUCCCCGCCAGCUCGUGAGGGUACCCCAACUAUUGCCCGUGGAACUUCUGCCAAGGACCGUCGAUCGCGCCCUAUGCACAUUCAAUUCGGUGACCUGGCUGUGAACCAAGACGCUGGAUCCAAGGGCUCUGAGCCCGCGCCUCCCUCACCGCAGCAGCGAAACAUUCAGUCUGUUCUGUCGACGAUACUCAUCAAUCUUCCAUUCGCUUUCCUCAAGCCCACACUUGAGUCGAGCGGCUACGGCAACGUCAACGGCUGGGCAAACGUCGAGGCGCGCCAUCACAUCAUGAGGGCUGUGGUGAAUGAGCGCGAGACACGAAGGGGCAGAGCUCUUGAAGCUGUCAAGGCUGGCGCUGUGCCGCAUGCCGAGUCGAUUCUUUACGGACUCCAGAGUGUAGAGCCCCGUCAGGGCGAGGAGUGGAACGGUCUCGGCUGGCGUGAGGAGGUGGUGUCGUACGUCAAUGGCGACGCGCCGUCACUCGGCCGGCAGUGGGUCCCGCUCAUGGUCCAGAACGGCUCCGGCCAUAUGGAGCAAUUGAGCCGCCCGGCGUAUCCUUGA